AUGGCCCAAGCCGCAACUGCUCCCACCGCCACCGGCGACUCAUCAUUAGAGAGACUAUCCAGCCGGUACCGUGGGGCGACAGUAGAGGAUCUGGAACCCCCCGCCGCCCUCUCCGUUAGCCCCUCCGACCCCAUCUCCCACGCCCUCAUGAACGCCUUCGAACGCGACUACACCCACCUCACCGUCGUCUCCCAAGAAAACCGCGCCCUCCUCGGCUACCUCAGCAUCCCCCGCCUCAAGGACCAGCUCCAGCACGGCAAGGUCCAGGAGACCGACGCGGUGGAGCAGGCGAUGACGCGGUUCCGACGGAAGGGUAAGGUGUAUAAGGUCAUUACGAUGGACACGCCGCUGGAGGAGCUGCAGGGAUUCUUCGAGGGGGGUGCGGACGGACGGACACCGGAGGAUUUCGCGGUGGUGACGGAUGGGGGGAGGCGGUUCGUGUUGGGGGUGGCGACGAAGGAGGAUUUGGAGGAUUUUCUGAGGAGGAGACCAGCGUGA